CAGGCGGCUUCGACAUCAUGGUCAAGGUGUACCACACGGGCGUUUCAGAGAAAUUUCCUGAAGUGGGCCUGAUGUCUCAGUUCCUUGACACGGUGCCCCUAGGGGCGAAGUUAAAGAUCCAGGGCCCACGAGGCCGCUUUGUGUACGAAGGCCAGGGACGUUUCGUGACGGUCGACGGCAGCCGGCUGCCGCAAGCAACCUGGUUAGGUCUGGUCGCCGCAGGAAGUGGCGUCACGCCAAUGCUGCAGCUUCUGCGCCAUGCGCUGGUGGACGAGACGGACGAAACGAAAAUCAAGAUGAUCGACGUGAACAGCACAGAGGAAGACAUCAUCGCUCGUCGUGAGCUGGAUCAUUACGCCAAGGUGCAUGCUGAGCGGUUCAGUCUCUGCCACGUGCUAAGCAAGCCUCCCACGGGUGAAGGUGCCAUUAAAUACGUGAAGGGACCACUGACUACUGGCACCAUGGCCGAGCACCUUCCUUCACCAACCGCCGAUACCAUAGUGCUCUUGUGCGGACCACAGAAGUUUCUGAGUGAGCUGUGCAAACCGGCGCUGUCUGCAAUCGGACACAAGACGCAGAGGGUGCUAUGCUUCUGAGUGGCAUCGCACCAUCGGGCUACUCAAGUGCAUUAAUUUAUUAGAAUAUAAACGUUUCUGGAUGACUUUCCCGGCGCAUCAUUGGUAUUU